AUGACGUUUCAGUCUCCUGCGGACCCCGGAAGUGCAACUCGAACUUGGUCGGGGCGCGGAUCCCGAGAGGGAAAGUCCUAACAACCGCACGAGGGAGUUCGACUGGCGAGCUGGAAGGCCACGCCUCCUCCCGCCUCCCCCCGCAGCCCUGUAGCUGGGGGCAGAGCUCAGAUUUAUUAUCUAGGAUAGAUUUGGAUGAACUAAUGAAAAAGGAUGAACCACCUCUUGAUUUUCCUGAUACCCUGGAAGGAUUUGAAUAUGCUUUUAAUGAAAAGGGGCAGUUAAGACACAUAAAAACUGGGGAACCGUUUGUUUUUAACUACCGGGAAGACUUGCACAGAUGGAACCAGAAAAGAUACGAAGCUCUAGGAGAGAUCAUCACGAAGUAUGUAUAUGAUCUCCUGGAAAAAGACUGUAAUUUGAAAAAAAUCUUUAUUCCAGUAGAUGCCACUGAGAGUGAACCAAAGAGUUUUAUCUUUAUGAGUGAGGAUGCUUUGACAAAUCCACAGAAACUGAUGGUUUUAAUUCAUGGUAGUGGUGUUGUCAGGGCAGGUCAGUGGGCUAGAAAGCUUAUUAUAAAUGAAGAUCUGGACAGUGGCACACAGAUACCUUUUAUUAAGAGAGCUAUGGAUGAAGGAUAUGGAGUAAUAGUACUGAAUCCCAAUGAAAACUGUAUUGAAGUAGAAAAGCCGAAGACACAUGUACAGUCGUCUUCUGAUAGCUCAGAUGAACCAGUAGAAAAACGGGAAAGAAAAGAUAAAGUUUCUAAAGAAACAAAGAAGCGACGUGAUUUCUAUGAGAAGUAUCGUAACCCCCAAAGAGAAAAAGAAAUGAUGCAGUUGUAUAUCAGAGAAAAUGGUUCUCCUGAAGAGCAUACGGUCUAUGUGUGGGACCAUUUCAUAGCCAAGUCUGCAGCCGAGAAUGUAUUUUUUGUUGCUCACAGCUAUGGAGGACUUGCUUUUGUUGAACUGAUGAUUCAACGAGAAGCAGAUGUAAAAAGUAAGGUAACUGCUGUGGCGUUGACAGAUUCUGUUCACAAUGUGUGGCAUCAAGAAGCUGGCAAAACGAUUCGAGAAUGGAUGAGAGAGAACUGUUGUAACUGGGUCUCUAGCUCAGAACCCUUAGACACAUCAGUGGAGUCCAUGCUGCCUGACUGUCCCCGAGUCUCAGCAGAAAGUUUUCUUUGCUGUUGAAGAAAUUGUGUCUGGAAACCAGUUCCUUUCAUUUAGACAAUGAAAAAGGUAUAAUUUUUCAUUGCACCUUUUGAUGUUCCAUUAGGAAAACAACCCACUGUUUAUUUCCAGUAGAGUGUACUUGUAAUUAACCACAUGUAAAUUACCUUUAGUUCAUUGUCACCGAGGUCUGAACAGUAGGGUGAUCUCCUCUUCCUUCUCCUUGCACUAUCUGCUCCACUUCCCACCACUGAAGCCCAACUGAGUUUUAGAAAGAGGACAGUCCCAUUCCAUUGUCAUAAAUGCUCUUAGACGAGUAUUUCCCUGCACUGUCCAUCCCACAGCAUCCUUUGCAUGGAACAGGAGAGAGAUGACUAUAUUCAACCUACUUAUCCCUUUCCCCUGAAUAGUUAAAAUCGCUUAUUUUCUCAUUUUCUCCUAAUUUUGUUUCUCAUCUCCUCCUAGGCUGAAGUAAUUCACUGCGCUUAGCCCAAAAAGCAAAGGAAAAACUUGUAGCUUUCCUUUCAGUGGAAAGGCAGUGCUACCUCAGCUGCCUUAUUCUUAGUCCCAAAUAGUAACUUUAUAGAAAGGUUCAUAUGUUUUAGCCUGUAAAAACUGGCACAGAUAACCUGACUGCUUUAUCACUUGAUUGACUACAGUUGUUUAUAGCUUGGUUUCAACCAGGAGAGGUACUGGAGAAAUAAUGGUUGAAAAUAGAGGAGGUUGGCUGACAGAAUAAGAGAGUAUGGGUAAAACUCAAAAGACAGAUGAAGUUACCAAGAGCAGACUUGCCUAAUCCCAUCAAUCUACCCAGCAAUGCACUCAGGAGGCUGCGGGAGAAGAGACAGUAAUUAUAUCAGAGAUCACCAUCUCAAGGCUCCUGGCAUGCGAGCAGAAUUGUGAGAGAGUCGUAUAAUUUUGUUUGUACAUUUGUAUAAUUGAUGUCUUGCUAAGGACAUUCGUUAGGUGUGUAUAAAUAUAUUUCAUGUAUAUGUGUAUGGUAUACAGCAUACAAAUAUAACACUUGAGUAUAAGUAUCAACAGUUGUGGCAAUUUUCCUAAGAAUAUAUCACAUGCAUCUGUGUUGAGAUAGGCAUGCUAUAAUUAUGACAAUUAAAGACAUUUAAAGGUAGCAAACAGAUUUGUUUUUAUAUAUAAUAAUUUAUUUACCCUGGUAGCUGAACUCAAUACAGUAUCUCCUUUUUAGUUUACUUUUAGUCACGAGGGGAUAAUGUGUUUUAAUUAAGCCCUUUUGUCUACAAGCAAGAGAGACCCUCUCAGCUCACUUGGACUGAAUUUAUAGUUUGUCUCUUAAAGAAGAUUCUUACAGAAAAUAUAUAAGAACUGAGCUCUAUACUGAAAUUUUAAUUUAAGCCAUUUAGACUUUAUCAUGUGGCUCUAAUGUGAAAUGAAUCCAGUAUGGGUUAUUGUGAGGGUACUCGUCAUCUUGUGAUUGGAAAAUCAUGGACAAUUAACAUUGCUGUACAAACAGCUACUCUUGCCACUUGUCUCUCAUGAGACAUAUGAUAUUUCUCUAGAAGAAUCUCUGUAAUUCCUCUACUCACUAUAUAUUGACCAGCUUCUUCCUCUUACGUACUCUUUCUGCCCACUCAGAACUUUAUCAGAUGGAUGGCCUUUAGAUCCUUCCAGUUCUGACUUUAUUUCAGCAGCAAUCCUCCACAAAUCUCUUGGUUUCUUCCAUUCAGAUUUUUCAGAAAAUUAGUUUUUUCUCAUCUCUUUGCUUCAGACCAUAGGUGGUGGUCCUAUGAAUUGGCUGGACUUAGAUCGGUGUCCAUCCCUGGCUCAAUCAGCUGUGGACGGGAGGUACACGGUCAUGUGGUACAAAGAUGCCCCCUACUGAUGUCCCUUGAAACAGAUCUAUAUGUAAUAUAGUUUCACUAGAAGGGGUGGUUGGUGAGGAGAUAUAAUGGUUAUGUCUCUGGUAAAUAACCUGUGUUAAACAAAUCACCAUCCCUGACAUGGGGCACGAAAGUAUUAACAUGACCCAUUGCUUAAAUGUCACUUCCUCAAGGAAGUCCCAGAUUAGACUCCGUAUAUGCUCUUACCAUAUGCUCCCAUAAUACUCUCUGUUUCACCACCAUCAUAAAACUCAUCAACGUUAUUGUAAUUACUUUUUUAAUGCCUCUCUUCUCUCAUAAACUCUAAGGUCUGUGAAAAUAGGGACCAUAUCUUCCCUGCUCACCAUUCUGUCACUUGUACCUGGCCCAGUUCCUGGCUUAUAAUAGUCUCUAAAUAUUUAUUGAGUUAUUUUAUUAGUAAGUGGCUUAAACCUGUAGGAAUCAGAUGUUUCAAAUGUUAAGUUUCGUAAUCUUCCAAAACCCAACUCUCCUUCCCAAAUGUCCCUAUUUCUGAACAGUGAUAUUAUCAGUCUCUGUCACCCAGAUACUGACUCAUCCCUCUCUCCAUCAUCAAAGCAGUGAUGUUUUGUUGGCUUUUUCUUUCCCUUUUAUCUGUAAUUUCUUCUCCGUUCCCAGUGCCACCACCUUAGUCCAGGUCUUUUUCACCUAGACCUAACUGGUCUCAUGAUCUCUAAGCUCUCGUCUCCUAUUAUAUAUUACACAUCUUCCUUAAAAGCAGCUUUUCACACCUUUCUCUAUGAAAAAAACUUUGUUGGCUUCCUUUCUGCCUCAAGAAUGAAAUCCAAACUCUUAAGUCCUUCACUCUCUUGUUCCUGCUAAGUCUCUAAUUUGAUUUUCUACUACUGUCCUACAUGAACUUGCAUUCUAUCCAAACAAGUCCACCUCUGAUCUCCGAAUCCAUUAUAAGCAUUUCUAGCCACUCUUUUGUUCACAUAUCUUCUUGCUUCCUCAGAACUUAACUAUUCCUACUCUUCUUUCAAAACCUACCUCAAAACCACUUUCUUCAUAAAGCUGUUACUACUUCCCAGUCCUCAGUAACCGUUUGUUAUUCUAACGUUAGAGGACUUCCUAUCUCUGCCAUUCAGCGGCCCCUUAACAUGCCACCUGACAAUAUUGUUUCUCUGUGUUAUAUGUACAGUAUGAUAGUGAAGAGUGUGAACUGCAGUCAGACUGCCCAGGUUCAAAUCCUGCCUCUACGAGUUACUAUCAAGGUAGCUACACAAGUUACUUAACCCCUGUAAACUUGAGCUGUGUCAUCUCUAAAAUGAGGGCAAUAACAAUACUUCCAUGUUGUAAGAAUUCAAUGUGAUAAUGCAUCUAAAGCACAGUAAGUGCUCAAUAAAUGUUAUCUAUAAAAUUAUUUGCACAUUAUUGAUUAAGUUGCUAUUUUUAAAUACCUGUUAUGUGCUAGACACUGUGCUAGAAAGAAACAGUAUAAAGGGAUUAAGAUAAAAACCUCUACUGGCAAGGAAGUCACCUCUGUCCUGUCCCCCAAUUAGUAAGCCCCUUGCAUUCCCAAUCGUACAAUCCGUACAUAUUUACUGAAUAUCUGCUAUCUUCAGAACCCUGUGCCAGGCACAAGGAAUUAAAGGAGGCAUAAUAUAUAAAGUUCAUGACCUCCAAGACCCUUAUAACUAAAGCCCCUGUCAUUGUGCUUUGCACACUGGUGAGAGCUCAAUAAAUGUUUAUUGGCAUCGGUGAGCAUGGCAGUGAUGAUAAAGGCUCUAGAGCACCACAAUUUCUAGCCUCUCUUUAGAGCUGUUAACUUUAUUUGGCUUCUUCAUGUCUUCGUUUUCCACUGAAUGAAUGCCAGCAAGUCUUUUUCAAAUUUUUUUCUGUCUGAUCAAGACUUAGAUAAUGUCUGCUUCUUUUGGUAGCUAAAUAUCCCCCAAACUCAGUUUCAUGCUUCAGUGAGAAGAUAUUAUGGUAUUGCCAAUGGAAACCACUUCACAUUUGGGCAACAUCAUGAUGUCUAAGUGGCUCAGAUUCAAAUUUCAGUAUAGAUUCUGGUUCCUGCACAUUUGCUGUCAAAAACCACUUUAUAGGAGCCAAACUGUGGAAUCCUUCCAAGUGUUAGGCACUAUUAGAAGUACCAUUAAAGUACUGCAGAGUUUUGAAGAUUAUGAAAUGCUGAUUUUUUUUAACAUAAUAUGUUCUAUGGUACUUCCAUGAAAUCAGUACCUUGUUUCUGUCAUGGGGCUAAAGGCAAUUGAGAUCCCCCCCCCCUUUUUUUUUUUUUGUAGCAUCACAGGUUUUAGAAACAACUCCAAGUUGGAACUUCUAAAAUGAUUUUAUACUGUCUUGUACAACAGUGGAUGUAUAGAACAAUUCUGAUUUUCAAAUGUAACUGUGAAAUAAAGCUUCAAGAAGACAUAGUUGUUUUUAUUUAUGCUGUAUAUCUUAGUCCCCUCCCCGUAUCCUGUUCCUCUCUAUUUCCUUGGUCAGCCUGCAGGAAAUAAAACAUGUAGGACAUAAUAGUUACCAUAAAGAUUUUUUAUAAGAUCAGAACCUGUUUAGAGAUAAAGAUAAUUAUCCAUCAGCCUAUGAUAUGAUAAUUACAUUAAUUUAGCAUAAAAUGUAUCUGUAGCUUCCCUAUAGUCGUGGCAAAAAAGGAAAUAGUAACUGACACUGUCUUCCUCACUUGUAAAGCAAAAGCAUGGACACUCAUCUGAAAAGAUAUUUUUCUACAAUAAAUACCAAAGAAAUCGUCACAUAUUAUUUACUUGUAAACAAGCAGUUAUUUGUGAAAUUAUUUGUUUAGUGUCUACUACCCCCUAUUAGAUUAUAAAUUCCUUGAAGUCAGUGACCACAUCUGUCUUGUUAACCACGUGUCCCCAGCUCCUGGAAAAAAAUGCUUGAAAUUAAAUGAAAUGAAAUCACAUGUAUUCUUAUCCAAGAAGCACUGACUAACAUAAUGGGCCAUGUCUUCAAUGAAAGUAUAAUAUAAAAUGCAGCUAGCCUUCCUUACACUGUUGAUUUUUUUUGCAUUUUAUUUUUGUUUUUUUCAGCUUUAUUGAAUAUAAUUGACAAAUAAAAUUGUAAGAUAUUUUAAAUGUAUAGCAUGAUGACUUAAUAUGCAUAUACAUAAUGAAAAGAUUCUUCCCAUCUAGUUAAUUAACAUAUCACCUUAAAUAUUUAUCCUUUUGGGGGGAUGAGAAUUUUAAGUUCUACUCUCUUAGCAAAUUUCAAUUACAUAAUACAGUGUUAUCAGCUCUAGUCACUAUGUUAUACAUUAGAUCCUCAGAUCUUAUUCACCCUAUAGCUGAAAGUUUGUGCCUUUUUAGCAACCUCUCCCUA